GCACUAAAGUACAUAAACACCAUCUUUGCCAGUCCAUACACCUUUCAAGUCUCCAUAUUUUUAAUAUAUCAUAGAAAAUAUAUACUUUCUGCCACUUUCCUUGUACAACUUACUAGUGGAUUCAAUUUCUCUCUCUUUCCUUCAGUUUUCCCUUUUUCCUCCCUUAUACACGCAGUAAGUAUCCACACAGUCGCAGCUUUUUUCUUAGCGUGUGUUUCAGGCAAAUAUAUAUAUUAUAUAAUGUUACCAAAAAGGGGUCUUUUUUUUUACUUUAAGGAAUCAAUUAAUGGUUGUUUCAGGAUCUGAACUUCAGAGGAAAAAAUGGGGAGCCUUUAAAUGGUUUUCUUGAAUUGGUUUUUCAGUUUGAAGUUUUUGUCAGUUGCUUAGUAUAUAGAUUGGGAAAACAACUGCUUUUUUGUUUCUUUUUUGUUCAUUUGGGAAAUUCCACAAACAGGUUUUGUGCAAGAUUGUGAGGUUUUUUUCCCUCUCAAGUUCUGUUAUUUUUCAAUUUCAGUUGGUUUUGAGUUUCUUUUUUGCUCAUUGGGGGGAAAUCCUCAAAAGGGUUGUGUACAAGAUUGAGUUUUUUCCUCUCAAGUUGUGUCAUUUUUCAAUUUCAGUUGGUUUUGAGUUUCUUUAUUGCUCAUUGGGGAAAAUCCACAAAAUGGUUGUGUGCAAGAUUGUAGUUUGUUAAUUUGGAUGUGACUUGUGAGUUUUUUAGUUUUUCUUCCUCUUAUAAAAAUGUCAUCUUUUAGUGGUUUAGGUAUUGGUUUGAGUUUUGUUUUUGGAUGCAUCCUCAUGGGACUUGUAGCAGAGUUGUAUUACUUGUUAUGGGUAAGGAAAAGAAUCCCAAAGAAUGCAACAGAAGAUCAGUACAACAACACCCCUUAUGCCACUGAACUUUCUCAUCUUUUUUGUUGGAAGAAGCCUAAUUCUGUAAACAAUGUUAGUAGCCAACAACUAAACAACACAGUGAGAAAUCAAGAAAUGAAUGGUCAUGGUCAUGGUCAUGGUCAAGAUCAAGAUUUAGAGUUAGGGAAUAGCAAAGAUUUGUUGCUAAAAGGCUAUGGUGAAGAUAGUGUAGAAUCAGAGUUAAUGAGACUACACAAUCUUUGUGGACCUCCAAGAUUUCUCUUCACAAUUAAGGAAGAAACAAAAGAAGAUUUGGAAUCUGAAGAUGGUAAAUCUAGAUGUGGUGAUAGAAGUAGAACAUGUUCAAGAAACAAAAGCUUUAGUGACCUUAUCCUUACCCCCUUGUCUUCACCACCAAUUAAGACUCAGAAUCUUGAUUCUUACAGUUGCCAAGGGUUCAAUCCACUCUUUGAAUCCUCAACAGAAAAUGAGUUAACCAGACUAAGAUCUUCACCCCCUCCAAAGUUCAAGUUCCUUAGGGAUGCUGAGGAGAAACUUAUAAGAAGAUUAAUAGAAUUAGAAGCAGAAAAAAGGGUUAUCAAGAAUGAAGUUUCUUCUUUUCAAGAUUCUUCAAUGAAACAUUCAACAGAGGAGAAAGGGUCAUUCAUAUCUUUUCUUGGAAAGAGCAAAAUAAGAGAGCCUCUUCAGCAAAUACAAGUACAUCACAACUCUACUUGUGUAAAGGUACUUCCAUUGGCUUCUUCACCUUCAAAUUUACAAGCCAAUUGAUUAUGAAUCUGUUAUGCUUUAGAUGGAGAGGUUUAAAUUUCUUUUGUUAUUUAUAUUUUUAACCUCUUUUAUCUAUUAACCAAAAAAGUACAGCAAUUACCUCUUCUUUCUUGUAUUAACUUUAGUUUUUCAGAUAGAAAAUAGAGAUUUUUAUUGUAACUUCUUUGGAUUCUUAAUCUGUUUCCUUUCUUUAGCAGUUAGUGGUAAUGGUUUUGCUUAGCCUAAGAUUGUUAAAUAAUUGUUAACCUUGUCUUGUAUCGUACAUUGAACGUAAAUACACAACCCAAACCAUUAGUCUUUUCUAUUCA